UCUCAUGUUGUGGCUCCGAGCCCCACGAAGCGGACCAUGCGGCUGUUCACCGUCUCCACGUUGCUCCUGCUUUCCCUCGGCUCAGGGCUGGCUCUGCAGAUCCAGUGCUACCAGUGUGAGGAGAUGACACACGACUGCUCCACGCCAGAGUUCAUAGUCAACUGCACCGUGAACGUGCAGGACAUGUGCCAGAAGGAGGUCCUGGUGAAGGAUGAUGGGAUUCACUACCGCAAGUCCUGCGCCUCGUCGGGAGCCUGCCUCAUCGCCUCGUCCGGCUACCAGCAGUUCUGCACCGGCAAGCUCAACUCUGUGUGCAUCACCUGCUGCAACGCGCCGCUGUGCAACGGCCCGCGGCAGAAGAAACGACCCCAAUCGGCGGCGGCGGCCGUUACCCCGACCGCGCCGCGGCUGCACGUGUUUGCUCUCUCCGUUGUCCUCCUCCUGUCCUCCGCACUGUGCUGA